GGUAACAGUUCCGAUAGGGACCAGAAGCUCCAGUGGAUCAACAACAGUGUUCCCUGACGAUGACAGCGGUGUUCUCCAGCGGCAGAGGCUCGGCCACCCACCUCCAGCAGCGGCGACAAUGGCUGGGCACGGCAGCGAUUCCACACGCGACGGUGACAGCGACGGCUUCGCCUCCUCUCACGCGCAUCAAUCUCAAGUCAGUCUCUCUCUCACUCUUCACGGGAUCCUCUCCGGCUCUAAUGGCGGCGACGGCGUGGACACAACAACGGUGGAGACGGGCUUCACGGAGAGGGCAACGGCGGCGACAUGGGCCCCACGAAGAUGACGACGAGCGCGAGGGCAGUGGCGGCUUCUCCUCCCUUGCGCACGCUCUGCUUCUCCCUUCCAUGGCUCUGGUUCACGCUUCUCCUCCUCCAACGGCGACACACGAUGACGCGGCGGCAGUGAUACCCGCCAACACCGUCCUCUCUCUCUUAUCCUCUCCUUCUCUUCGCAAGCAUUCCCUUCCCUUUCUUCCCGUUUCCUCAUUUCUUUCUUUCUUUCUUUGGUUUACUGAAGCUGCUGAGGGCUGGUGGCUGGUAGUAUUAGGAAAGAUAGGAUAG